CUUUAUUGAAAAUUACAUAUUGCAUCACAUUCUCAAAAUCUCAUGCUCUGGAUAGGCUCAAAGUGUUGCAGAAUUUUUAGAAAGAAGUUAAAAGCAUUUUUGCCAAAGGAUAAACAGAAACGAGAAGAUUAUUGACAGAACUCAAAACUAAUUUAUUCCUAUAUCCCAACAAAAUGAAUUUCAAAUCUUUGUGCCGGUUUAUCCAUACCACACCAUUGAUUUAUUCGGUCGAGCAGAAACCAUUAGCCAUACUACGCAAAAAGACCGGCUACACAUUCGCUAACUGCAAAAAAGCCCUUGACUUGUAUCAGAACGACAUAGCAAAAGCCGAACAAUGGUUACACGAACAAGCGCAGGCACUCGGCUGGGCCAAGGCCGUGAAGCUGCAGGGUCGCAUCACUCAACAAGGUUUGGUGGGAGUGCUUGUAAAGAAAAACAUUGGCGCAAUGGUUGAAGUGAACUGUGAAACGGACUUUGUGGCUCGAAAUACAGUGUUUCAACAAUUUGUCGAAUCGGCCUCGAUGGCUUGCAUUCAACAUGUUAGCAAAAUGCCCACCAAUGACCUGCUAUCAAAGAUUGACUUCGGAGCGGACGGCCUACGAGCUAUGCAGGGACUUGAAGGCAAAAGUCUUGGUGAUGAAUUAGCAUUGAUGAUUGGCAGUGUCGGUGAAAAUGCAUCGUUACGCCGAGCCACAUGUUUCAAAGCAGCAGAACCGAUAACAUUAUUCGGUGGCUCUCAUCCACUAACAACCACAUCUUCCGGUGUUCAUUUGGGCACAUAUGGUGGAAUGUUUGCAUGGAAAUCAGCUGGGGAUGCGGCCGUUGAUGCUGAUCUUCUAAAGAAUAUCUGCACACACAUCAUAGGACUUAAUCCAUCGAAAGUGGGUGCAAUCGACAUUGACAAACCCAAUGAAGAUAAGGAUGCGGAGAAAUGUUUGAUUCAUCAAGGAUAUCUGAUGGAUGAAACGCAAACCGUUGGGGAGCUGUUCAAAGAAAAUGCAAUAGAGGUGUUGGAUUUUAACAGAUUCCGAUGUGGCGAAGAGACGGAAACAAGCGCGGAACACUUGAACGUAGCCAAAGCAAAUAAUUAGUUCUCUGACAUCAAACACGUAACUUAAACUGCAAGUGUCUAAUAAACAUCAAGAAAAUUAUGUUAAA